AACGUGCUUGACUGGUUGGUUUGAAACCUCCAAAAUGCCUCCACAGUGUGCGCUGUUAUGUCAUCCAUAUGUUGUCAACCUCCCCGAGACACAAAACAGCAGGCAGAUUAUGAUCGGCACACUAGUAGUGCAUGAUUACCAUGCAAUCCUCCCUGUACCAAGAAUGGACUGGACGUCUCUUGGAGCAACUAGAACAAUUCAAAUUCUUUCCAAUGAUUGCCAGGAACUCAAUGUAAGGAACCAAAAUACUUCAACAUUGCCAAUGUUUCAAAUGACGGGACACUAUUGAGAAUAUCCAUCGAUUCGAUAUACCAGAGAGAAACAAAGCCAUUCAAGCAACGGGGAAUUAAUUUGAACACUUAUUGCUCUAUUGAAUCCACCAUUGGUAUAGGACACGCACAAUCCACCACAAGAAUUCCAGGACAGAGGGUGGUAGCGGAGGGACAGAGGACAGAAUGGAGGACGGCUACAACGGCGACAAUGGCCGUCUUUCUCCCUGGUGCGACAUAAACUCGGACCAGCAACAUCAGCACGAUCAACAGGCCCAUCAACAUCAGCAGUAUCAUCAAGGGCAACACCAAGAAGAACUGAUGUCACCGAAUAGAAGCAUGUUCAAUACUGACGAGUCUUCUCGUUCAAACAUUGACGCUUCCCGUCAGUCAUUAUCCGCACCACCACAACAGCAGCAAGAGGAAUCUCUGCGCCAACAAAAUUAUUAUUCGACUCACCAACCAGGACAGCAACAGCAACAGCAGCAACAACAACAGCACCAGCAGCAACAACAACAGCAGCAGCAGCAGCACCACCAACAGCAGCAACAGCAGCAGCACCAACAGCAGCAGCAGCAGCAACAGCAGCAGCAGCAGCAACAGCAGCAGCACCAACAGCAGCAACAGCAACAGAGUCAACACAUGUUUCUACAACACCAAAUAUAUUACCAACAAGUACCACAGCAACAGCAGCAACCGAUCCCUUUGCAGCAACAGCAACAACUGCAACAAAAUCAUAUUCAACGUCAAUAUCAAACAGGAAUGGGUAUCGAAAUGAUAGAUGACGAAAAAAUCAGUUUAGGAGGUGAAAAUACAAAUUCGUACUCUGUUCUAUUUGACAAUUAUGGGAAUAACAAUUUGCAGCGGCAGACUAACGGCAUGCAGUCACCGCAAAUCGUAUUAUCACCUCAAAACCAACCAUAUAGCAACAGCAGUGCCCAGAACGAAACGCAAAAAAGUGGUGUUACGAACGCGAACGCGAAUGCUGAUGCUGCCACCAGUGCUAAAACAGCGGCCGCCAUGACCAAAGCCGAGAUUCGUUCCCAACGGAAACGAACCCGCGAAAAGCAGAGACGAGACGGAGUGAACCGUCAAUUCGCGGAACUCACCAAGGUGCUGAAGCGCCUCGAACUCGAGGAACGGGAAGAAGCGGAACGAAACGCUAGAAUAGCGGCCGGUGACAAUGACGCUCUUGCAUCGUCGUCGUCAUCGUCUCUCUACGGUGCUCGGCUUUCCUUUCUUUCACCAAACAACAGCGUGGAUUUGAUUAGCUGCGCAAUCGUGCACCUACAACACCUACACCGUGUCAUGAAGAGGCAGCAACGAGAAGUCGACGACCUUGCGGACGAAUUGAAAAAAGUCAGGGCAGCAGGAGAAUCUACCGCAGCGAAACUUAAGGAUGUGCUGUUCAAUUAUCGGCCGCCUCGACCAUCGUUAGGGUCGACGAAUCCAAGUUUCAAUUUAAGCGGGGCCGGCACCAGUAAUAGCACCCAAACGGGGAUGGACAGCAACAAAACAACCAAUACUGAAAACGUAAAUGUAGGUGGUACCAGUGGGAUCGGGAUUACAAACUUUGCUAACCAAGCAAUCAACCAAGCUCUACAACAAAAGGGGCAGCAGCAAUAUUCUCAAUAUCAACAACCAGUACGUAAAGAAAAACUGAGCAGAGAUAGUUUUGGUUAUUCAAUGGAUCCUAGCAAUGAACUAGGAGUCAUUUCUUCCGGAGAAUGUUUAUUGAUGCCUGUGUUGUGUCAUACCAUGUAUUGUACCAUUCCCUACAUUACUGUGAGUAAAGAUUGCGCCAAUCUCAAACAUUAAUUACGUUGCUCUCUUUAACACUUGCAGGUCAUGAUGAUGGUACCCAUGAUGAUGGGGGUAAAUGGAACCACCGUUCUUGGACAUAACGCAGCUAACGUGGCACAAAACACAACGAUGUAUCCAUCCGUAUCCAUGGGGGCUCAGUUUCCUUCUGUUCCUGUAGUCAACAACAACAACAACAACAGGAAUGGCAGUAGUAGCAAUACCACUACUACCGUCCCUCCCACUGCCCAAAGUCCAGCGACACCAGCAGCUCCGUCGUCACUAGGAGAUACACGAUUGUCUGCCCAGCCGUCCCAGAACCAGAACCCACCGCGAACAGCACAGCAGGUGCAAUCUCAACAGAAUUGUGCUUCGCUCCAAACUGCGUUACAGCAGCAACAGCAACCAACCCAUGUUGCGCCACCUUCUACCGAUAAUGGCACCGUCACAUAUAGCACUGCCAGCGGAACAACUCCGACGCUCGAGCAGCAACGGCAGCAGCAAGUUGUGCAGCAGCUCCGGCAGCAGUAUUUACAGCGCCAGAGCCAACCAAUCGUUCCGGAUUCACCCCUGCAGCAACAUCAACAACAACCUCAUCGGUUGAUUCCAGAGCGUACGCGACUAGGCUAUUCCACGGCUCCGGCUGUCUCCGAGACGAAGGACCAGCAAGAUCAAACCAAUACUCCUGUGGGGGGACCCUUCGCAGUCGCUCUCGCCGCGGCUUUGUCGAACAUGCGAAACGGUACACCGGUGGAUUCCUCCAGGCAGCAAGAGAAGCAAGAAGAAGAACAACAAGGAUCCCCAUUGAUAUCCAGGGGAGGCACAGCUCCCGGGGCACCGGUACCCGGAACAAGUGUGGCAUCGGCGUUUCUGCACGCCUCCCGAACGUUAGCGGCUGCUACUGGGGAGACACCAGCGCCCGUCCACUCGUCCAUCCAUGCGACCACUAAUUCGGAUCCCGGUUCCAAUUCCAAUACAACCCAACGCUUGAACUCAGAAUCUGCUGCUGCUACUGCACCAGAAAGUGUUCCGGUUAGCUCUAGUUCGACGAAUAACAAAUAGUAAAGUCCUUCGAAGGAAUAGCACAUCACAGAAUAGUACCCCGAUGCUUUGAUCAUAUUUCCAUGCAAUAUCAACACAGUACUUUUUUUGGCCGCAACAACCUCGUCGCAAUAACCAUUCUCUUCCAAA